GGUUUGCACCGAUUAGGAUUUGAUUUCCCAUUAAAUCAACACGGAACUUAACCAAAACUCAACAUUUGACUGUUUCACUUUGAAUUAGACAAAUGCCUCCACAGCCAGUGAAGGGCUCCACCAGCAGAAAGAGAAGACCCAACUGGACUGACCCGGAAUGCCUUCUUCUGGCUCAGUUAAUACAGAAAAAGCAGAACAUAGUCAGAGGAAAGCAAAGCACCGGAGUAUCGGUUCAAGACAAGAGGCAUGCCUGGAAGGAGAUAGUCCAAGCUAUUAAUGAUGCUUUUCCACAGGUCCAGCGCACAGUUUCCGACUGCAACAAAAAGUGGGAAAACCUCCUUGCGAAGGCAAGGGAGGAGAUAAAACGACAGAGUAACAAAGAAGAAGAGAUGUUAUUUGAGAAACUUAGUGCCGUGACACAGAUAGUUAUUUCUGUGUUGAACAUCUCGGAGAAGAAGAUGCAGGAACAGAAGAAACUUCGUGACGCAGAUCCAGCGGAAAAUCCAGAAAACAGCUAUGCUGAAGAUGGAAAUUCAACAACAGAGGAGAGCACGAGCAAGCAGGCGCUGAUAGAGGUAGAACUUUCAGAUCCGGAUCCAGAUCCAGAUCCAGAUCCAGAUCAAACCAUCACUCCAGACUAUAAAACGGCUUCAACAAAGAUUCCCACCUCCCCAGCGAGACAUGAGGAUGUCUGUACCGAUUCCAAUGUCCAAAGCCCUUGUUCUUCUUCUUCAUCACCAAUUUGCAGACCUGCUGCUCUGCAGGAGAAGUUUAAUCUGGAAAUGUCUGUACUAAGAAGACAAGACAAAGUUCUCAAGCUGCAGGAGGAGUAUUACGCACUUAAAAUAAAGCUGUUGAAGAAUCAAAUCAAAGAAUUCUCUCAAGAAGACUGAAGUGACCGGGCUUUUUUGUUGCCGCCCCCCAGUUAUGAAAUAAUAUUCUUUCUGAGCUGCACAUGACAUCAGAUCUACUAACAGGGGGGGGGGGGGGUUGUAUGAGUAUAGGCCAAGUAUGUGUUUAAUAUUGAGAAAAUAUUUGUUUAAUGUCUUGUCUUUUUGUCUUUAAAAUGUGAUUGUUUUUAUGAAAAGCACUUUGAGUAGCAUGACUUGGAAAAGUGCUAUAGACAUGAAGUUUAAUUUGAUUUAAGACUUAGUUUUUUUUAGAAUGACUUUUAACACUCAGGGGUCCGUAGCAUCUUAUUUUCUUAGAUUUGCUUUGUUUCCUAUGUAUUUUAUUAGUUUUAGUAAUUGCAUGCUAUUGUUUUUUUAAGUAUUUGUUCUUAAUAUGCUCAAUGUUAAACUUUCUUUUUUAGUCCUCUUUUUUAUGUGAGGUGCUUUGUAAAUUGUUAAAAAAAAAAAAAAGUUUCAUUCAUUCAAAUGCUGCUGCCAGUUGUAAAAACAACUGAUUUUUCUCAUUUUUGGCCUAAAAUAGUUCAUGCGAUGACACCUAUUUGUAAUUUUUGGUAUACUUUUUCAUUUUAAAUACGUCAAAGUGGGUUCAAAGGAAAGGACUUCUGUGAAUUGAAGAUACAGGAUAACUUAACAUCGUCUGAGGUUCGCUUCACCUAUAAAUGUUCAGUAAUAACACUAUGUCAAGUGAGACUGGUUUGUUGGUUUAUCAUCAAUAGUGCGAGUUUUAAAGUUAAAUGUUUAACAUAACUAAUGCUCAUGUAAAAACACUCGGAUCUGCCAGUGAAAGCAAAGCUAAAACUCUGACACAAAUACAGUAAUUUGUGUCAAAUCUUUCCCUUAAAUGAGUUUAUUUGUGAGUGACAGAGUUGGCACCCAGAUGUAAGCAGUGGGGUCUGGAGUGUUGGAUUAAAGUCUCUUAUUUGCA